AUGCCUUUUAUCGAGAAGCCGCAUUGGACCAUCAAGGUCGAGCAGCCUCGUAGUGCCUUUGCAGAGGGCAAUGCGCGCUGGACCAACAAAGACUUGGAUCCUGUCCCGAGGCAUGCCCGAAAGUGGGGUGUGACCAGUUUCAUCUCGUACUGGAUUUCGGAUGCCUUCAAUGCUGCAACAUGGCAAUUCGCAUCCAGCAUCAUCGCAAUUGGUCUUACCUGGCGCGAAUCCCUCGGCAUAGUUGCCCUCGCCUUCUUCAUGAUCUCCUUCGUGAUAGCACUCAACGGCGCAAUUGGAGUCCUCCACCACGUCCCCUUUCCCGUCAUUGCACGCGCCUCAUGGGGCUUCUGGGGCUCCUACGUCGCCAUCGUCUCCCGCGCCAUUCUCGCCAUUUUCUGGUUCGCCAUUCAGAACAUGAACGGUGCCAAUUCGGUUCGCGUCAUGAUUGGCGCCAUAUGGCCUUCCUUCCUCACCCUCAAGAACGGUAUUCCAGAGAGCCAGGGCAUCGAUACGGCCACCAUGAUUAGUUUCUUCAUAUUCUGGCUCGGAAGUUUGCCCUUUUUGGUCAUGCAUCCCAAUCAGUUGAGGUGGCUGUUUAUGGCAAAGAGUAUCAUUGUGCCUAUUGCGUGGAUCGCCAUUCUCAUCUGGGCCUUUGUUUCUACCGGUGGAGGCGGCGAGAUGUUCAACCAAACUGCUACCCUCAAGGGAAGUGCGUAUUCGUGGGGUUUCCUCUCGUCUCUGACUGCCGUUACUGGAAACUAUGCCACGCUUUCCGUCAACCAGUCGGAUUUCUCGCGUUACUCGCGUGUCUCGGUGAAAUGGCAAUGCAUCUACGUCCCGUUCCUUCCCCUGGUCUUCACCUUCAUCGCCUUCAUCGGAGUCGCUGCCACUUCCGCUGGUGCUGCUCAAUACGGCGAAAUCAACUGGGACCCCAUGGCGCUCGUUGCACACUGGGACAACCGCGCGUGCCGUUUCUUCGCCGCCUUUAGUUUUGCCCUUGCCGCCCUGGGUGUGAACAUCUCUGCCAACUCGCUCUCUGCCGCAAACGACCUCAUGGCCCUAUUCCCACAGUACAUCAACAUCCGCCGCGGUCAGCUCCUUUGCGCAAUCCUCUGCUGGGCAUUGGUACCCUGGAAGAUUCUUGCUAGCGCCGGCAGCUUCCUCAACUUCAUGGCUGCGUAUGCCAUUUUCUUGGGCCCCAUUGCGGCAAUCAUGGUUAUCGAUUUCUGGGUCGUACAUCGCGCCAAAUACGACACGCUGGCGCUGUUCCAGUACAAUGGUAUCUACAGGUACACGGCUGGUGUCAAUUGGCGUGCCAUUGCCGCUUUUCUCGUUGGCGUUGCACCAAACUUGCCUGGUUUCAUCCACUCUAUCAACCACAAGAUCGACGUUGGCGUGGGCGCGAGACCGUACAGCUUUGGCUGGAUGCUGGGCUUCGUGGGCACGGCUCUCGUAUACAUGUUGCUUGAGAUGAUGAUUGCGCCGCCAACGGAGACUCUUAUCGAGAAGCCUGUAUAUCCCGAUGAGAUUUACGAUGAGAGUGGAUACGUGGAUGAAGGCGUUAGUGUGGGCAGUGGAACUGAAGAGGCCAGGAAUGAGAAGAUUGGGUGGAAGGCGAGAAUGAAUCGCAUCUUGUAG